GUAUGAGUGAUGAAAGAGACUUUCCUGUUGGCGGAGAGAAGAAUUCCGUGAUACCCGAGAAAUAUACCUACACAGUGAAGACAUGUGAAGACGACUUUCGUCGCCUAUGCGUAGACGAUCACGAAGUUUUACCUGGACAGAUGAAGAGAAAAAGAGAUGAUCAGGUUGUAAACACUGCUGGUGGUUACGUUUUCGCUGUGAGUGAUGAGUCAAGAGUGCGAAGAUUCAUCAUUUUGGGAACUGCUGGAGGAACCUACUACAGCACGGAGCAAGAGCUUACUGUGAAAAAUGUUGAAGCUUUGAUCAAAAUAAUUGAGAAAGGUCGUGGAAGUAUCAUACUGAAGGAGAUUUACGAAGUAUCACUUGCGGGACGCAACCCUAAACAGGAUCCUCUACUGUUGGCGCUGGCCUUAUGUGCAAGGCAUGUUAAUUUUGUUAUUUAUGUUGUUCUUCAAGGUCGUGGAAGUAUCAUACUGAAGGAGAUUUACGAAGUAUCACUUGCGGGACGCAACCCUAAACAGGAUCCUCUAUUGUUGGCGCUGGCUUUAUGUGCAAGGCAUGUGUACAGCGUUUGCGACUCAGCUGCCAAAAAACCUCAAGGAGGCGAUGAUGCUGCUAAAGUGAGAAGCAAAUAUCUGAACGAGCUGCAUAAAUCUGCCUUCGGCAUUGUGAAUGAGGUAUGCCGCAUUCCAACUCAUUUGUUCACUUUCGUCAAGUAUUGCGAGAUGAUCUCACAAGCCACAUUGGCCGAAAAAGAGAAGAAAUCAACUGGUUGGGGUCGCCUUAUGAGAAGCACAAUUCAGCACUGGUAUUCAAGCAAAAGCCCCGAGCAACUCGCUAUGCACCUUACCAAAUAUCCACAAAGGGGAGGUUGGUCGCAUCGGGAUCUCUUCCGCCUUGCUCAUCCGAAGCUGAAGAAAGAAGCAUUCCCUGAGAAACUUUUGGAAUAUGAGCAAUUGUACCACUUUGCCGUAAAAGGAGAGUUGAACCCCCGAAAGCGAAAUCUCUCGAAGGAGGAUGCGGAGCUCGAACAACCGGCAAGUAAAUACAGUGCCCUUCAAAUGGAUGUUGAGCUCGGGAGCAGGGCGCUGGACCUAAUAGAAGCGGUAAUGGCUCUGAAAAACGAGAAGGAUGAGGCGAAGAUUGUUGAGGCUAUAAAGAAACACAAUCUGGUGCGUGAGCACAUACCAACGGAGAUGCUCAAUUCAGUCCCGGUUUGGCAAGCGCUCUUGGAAAAAAUGCCAAUGACUGCAAUGAUUAGGAACCUAGGCAAAAUGCAGUCAAUCGGUGUCUUAACAGAUAAAUAUCGCGACAUGGUAGUCACAAAACUCAUCAAUGAAACAGAACUGAAGCAAGCGAAGAUCCAUCCAAUCCAGGUUCUCUUGGCCAAGAAAGUUUAUGCGAGUGGCCAUGGUGAGAGAGGUAAACUGCAAUGGAAACCGGACGAAAAGAUUGACCAAGCUCUGGAAGAGGCCUUCUACAAAUCAUUUUUCAACGCUCCACCCACAAACAAACGAUACUGUUUCGCUUUCGAUGUUUCGGGUAGCAUGACCUGUUUGAUCUCUGGUACGAUGUUAUCAUGCCGUGGUGCGUCCGCUGCUCUUUCUCUUGUUAGUCUGAAGAACGAGAAAUCUGUGGAGUGUGUCGGGUUUUGCGAUCAUUUGGUUGAGCUACCAUUCCGCGGAGAUUGGACACUUUCCAAAAUUGAAGAUUACAUGGAUAAAUUACCGUUUGGGAACACUGAUUGUGCUCUACCGAUGUUAUGGGCGAAAGAAAAAAAGAAAGAGUUCGACGUCUUUGUGGUCUACACUGACUGCGAAACGUUUUUCGGUGAAGUUCAUCCUUACCAAGCGCUUCGUGAUUAUCGAGAAUCAUCCGGAAUUACUGACGCCAAAUUGGUCGUUAUGGGAAUGACAGCUACCAAUUUCACUAUCGCAGAUCCAGAGGACGCUGGCAUGUUGGACAUUGUCGGAUUUGAUUCAGCUGUUCCUACUUUACUUCACGACUUUGUCACUGGGAAGCUUUAA